UCACACACUCACACGUGCGCUCUCUUUCAAUCACACACACACACACUGCCUCUCUCUCUUUCAACUGUCUGAGUGAAAGGGCACAACAGUUGCCAGCACCAGUAAUGGCCUAAUGCUGGCUUCACAUGACCUGCCUGGGAGGAGACAAUCAGCUGCUCACUUAUAGACACACCUCCCUCCUCCUUUGCCUGAGGAUGUGAUAAAGGGACCGACAGCAGCAGUGGCAGGCAGGGAAUUGAGUUCUGGAUUGGGCUCUGGCCAGCGACCCAGGGCAGCCUGCAGGAGGUGAGCAAAGAGAGGGUGUCUACUGAGCACCUUUUUAGGUGUUUUCUCAGCCUGGUCCUUUACCUGGAAACUCUACAAAAGCAGCUCCCAGCAGAGGGAAUAUUAGCAUCAUAAAGAUGAAGGGAGAUGCUGCAUAUUCCACGGUGGGCUCACGGCAGAAGCAGGAGGGGAAGCUCUGGGACUCCAUGAAGACAACUGGCUUCAUACUGGGCACGAGCCUGUUGCUGUUUGCUGCCUUCAGGAACUCUGUCACUUGGCACUUGCAGAAGUUCUGGGGGGCUUCGGGCGAUUUCUGGCAGGCCCAAUGGGAGAAAGUGCUCCACUUGCUUGGCGGAAAUGAAUGGGCAAUUUUCUUUCUAGGCAUGGCCGUAGUUCCCAGCCUUGUUUACUGGGGCUUCAACGGACUCCUGAUGGUGGCGGAUGUGACCGGAAAGCCAAAUUUCAUCACCCGUUACCGAAUUCAGUUGGGCAAAAACGACCCUGUGGACCCAGCGAAGCUGCGGCGGGCUGUUCACACAGUGCUGCUUAAUCAGGUUUUCAUCUCUCUCCCAAUGAUGAUGCUCAUGCUCCCCAUCAUGAAGUGGCGGGGACAGCCCUGCAGCAAGGAACUCCCCACCUUUCACUGGUUCCUCCUGGAGCUGGCCAUCUUUAUCCUGGUGGAGGAAAUUCUCUUCUACUAUUCACACCGGCUUGUUCAUCACCCGCUUCUGUACAAGCGCAUACACAAGCAGCACCAUGAAUGGACAGCCCCCAUUGGUGUAGUCUCCCUCUAUGCUCAUCCGGUCGAGCAUGUGUUUUCCAACAUGUUGCCUUCGCUGGUGGGUCCGAUAAUCCUGGGAUCCCAUGUUGCUUCCAUCAUGGUGUGGCUCUGCCUUGCUAUUCUGGCUACAUCCAUCUCGCACUGCGGCUACCACCUGCCUUUCCUCCCCUCGCCGGAAUUCCACGACUUCCACCAUCUCAAGUUCAAUCAGUGCUACGGAGUCCUGGGGGUGCUGGACCGCCUGCACGGAACAGACACGCUCUUCAAGCAAACCAAGGCCUACGAGAGGCACGUCAUCCUGCUGAGCCUCACCCCGCUCACGGAGACCAUUCCCGACUCGCCCAAGCAAGCCAAGUGAACCCACCUCCCCCGUGGCUUGCGGCACGCUCACAACGUGGGGACUCUCGAGAGCUUGGAAAGAUGAUUAUGCCAAAUAAUUUUCUAAUGAGAAGCAAGUUAUUGUUCAUCUUAUGUAUCAAAGACAAAGCAGAACUGUAACCCAUUGCUGGUGAGAUUUGCACUCGCUUCCCUUCCGCCCCCACCAGCCCGGAGCGCAGAGCCCGGCCCCAGGCUGCAGCCCUACAGCUGGGUAGCCCCUGAAGUGAGCGUAGGGUUUUCUUAAUCCCCUGGAUCAAGCUGCCCCCAGACUGCCCCAGGCAGGUUCCCUUCCAGCCCCCCAGAAAUGGCUGCUGUCAGAUCUCCAUUUCCUGCUUGAGGCUUUUGGGCCCAGGACAUCUCACCUGCACUGCAUGGGGAGUCGCAGGGGAAUUCGCGAGCACCGUGCUCCAGACAGUCAGCCUGGCCUGAUCUCACCCCAGCACUCUGGGCCUGGGAGGAUCAACCUGAACACCCCAUGGAAACACACUGGGAGCACUGAGGAGGUUUUAUUGUUUUAACCAUUAAUACAGAGGGUGAAACCAAAAUGCAAGUCACUAAGGGAACUUUCCAGGAGGGAGGCUCUGGAGCUGAAGUCUCAUUAGCACAGCCAGUAUGGACUGACCGCUCCAUCCCACCGACACCCACCUCACUUCCAGCACAGCAAAGCAGGCAGAGGGAAACCCCUAGGAUUGCAUAAAAAGUUGUAUGUGAUGGAAGAGCUCCCCGCCAUCACUGUUCUCCUGAGCUGUUUGGGAGGGAGAACUGCAAAACCCUUAAAGAAAAUGGCCUCCCAGUCAGAAAACCACGACACAAUUAGACACAACUGAAAGUAUCCCAUGGCGCACUGGGAGCGGCGAGUGCUGCAAGUCAGGACUGAGGUGUGUUGGCAGAGCAGUAUGGGGGCCCGGGGCUGGAACAAGCAAGGGAAGAGUGCACUGGGUUGAGACUAAGCAGUCCUACAAGAGCUCUUCUGCGGAGAGCUUGUAGAGUGCCUGGCUGCAGCGUACUGGUCAGGUGCCAUCAGUCUCUCAACUUCACGAGUAUUCAUUCCACAUGAGACGUGUCUGAUCUGUUGCUCAGACCCUUAGACCCCAGAGAAUGACGGAGGAGAGAGUAAGGAAGGUUGCAGGGACAGGACAGUCCAUACCACACUGUCUUUU